AUUCCCUAGACCAGCACCAUGGCAUUCCUUUGGCUCGUGUCCUGCUUCGCCCUUGUGGGGACCACCUUUGGCUGUGGGGUCCCUGCCAUCCAACCUGUGCUGGCCGGUCUGUCCAGGAUUGUCAACGGAGAGGAUGCUAUUCCUGGCUCCUGGCCCUGGCAGGUGUCCCUGCAGGACAACACUGGCUUCCAUUUCUGCGGAGGCUCCCUCAUCAGCGAAGACUGGGUGGUCACUGCUGCCCACUGCGGAGUCAAGACAUCCGAUGUGGUGGUGGCCGGGGAGUUUGAUCAGAGAUCCAAUGAAGAGAACGUCCAGGUCCUGAAGAUCGCCAAGGUUUUUAAGAACCCCAAAUUCAAUAUGUUCACUGUGCGUAAUGACAUCACCCUGCUGAAGCUGAAAACUCCUGCCCAGUUCUCUGACACUGUGUCUGCCGUGUGUCUGCCCACUGUUGAUGACGACUUCCCUCCUGGGACAGUGUGCGCCACCACUGGCUGGGGCAAGACCAAAUACAAUGCCCUCAAGACCCCUGACAAGCUGCAGCAGGCAGCCCUGCCCAUCGUGUCCCCUGCUGAGUGCAAGGAAUUCUGGGGUUCCAAGAUCACCGAUGUGAUGAUCUGCGCAGGCGCCAGUGGCGUCUCUUCCUGCAUGGGUGACUCUGGUGGCCCCCUCGUCUGCCAGAAGGAUGGAGUCUGGACCCUGGCAGGCAUUGUGUCCUGGGGCAGCAGUGUCUGCUCCACUUCCACUCCUGCCGUGUACGCCCGAGUCACAGCCCUCAUGCCCUGGGUUCAGCAGAUCUUGGAAGCCAACUGAGUCCAUGGUUCUUGCCUUCUCCCACUUCAAGCAUCUCAAUAAAAUCAUCUAAUUAGAA